CAUUCGGCAGUCGAUGUGGACAUAAAACUGAGAGACACAACGGACUCUGCCACGGUGUUGAAAUCACCAAACGCGUACCCCUUACUAACAUCCUAUGGUCAGUCAGCCCCCGUGGUACCAUCGCUCAAGACUCCCAAUGAUCAGGUUGAUAAUGGAGGCAAAAAGGGGAAACCACCAGACCAAGUCGUUAACGUCAUUAGUAACGAUCCCAAACCUGUGAUAGAAAAUAAUACUUCAGUGCCUUCCCCCAAACGCCUGUCUGAAAAGAGAUUUCUCUCACCACCAUCAGAAGACGAAAGCGUGGCAGUAACAUCUGUCGACAAUACUCAACAGCAGGAAUGCCUUACCGCAAACGAUCGUGGUGGAAGCAGAAAACAAACGCUUGUCUCUUGUCGAGAGGAAAGAUCAAGAUGUCUCUCGCCCCAACAGAAAAGCGUGAGUUCGGACUGCCGCCCUAUAUAUCCCAAUUAUCCUUUCUCACCCUACGCUAGUCCCACCAAUUCUCCACGUAGCCGCAAAAAACAACCGCUAAGGGAAUCCCGAAGAGUGUCGAUCGAGAAAUUCGGAAUGUACAUCCAGCUUAAUCAGUAUAAAUUAAUGGACUCCAUCGGACAGGGAUCAUACGGGAUUGUUAAACUUGCGUACAACGAGGAAGACGAUACGCAUUACGCCAUGAAAAUUAUGUCCAAAAAGAAGCUGCUCAAAAGGGCUGGUAUGUUCGGACGUAUGCCACCCCCUCGAAAAGAUUCGAAGCAGAUGUCGGUAGACAAAGAUACACCACUGCGUAGGGUCUACAGAGAAAUUGCUGUGCUCAAGAAACUCGACCAUCCAAAUGUUGUGAAAUUGGUUGAGGUUUUAGAUGAUCCCGAAGAAGAUCAUUUGUAUUUGGUAUUCGAACUUCUGGAACAAGGACAAGUGAUGGAGGUCCCUACCACUCAGCCCUUGAGCGAAGAUCAAGCGUGGACCUACUUCAGAGACGUAAUCCAAGGAAUUGAAUACCUGCACUAUCAAAGGAUAAUUCAUCGUGAUAUUAAACCUGCCAAUUUGCUUAUCAGCGAAAAUGGUCGAGUCCAAAUUGCCGAUCUGGGUGUUUGCGACGAGUUUAACGGAUCUGAUGCAUAUUUAUCUUCCACAGUAGGUACACCUGCUUUCACUGCACCUGAGGCCUUAGGAGAUCACAAAGACAGCUUCAGCGGCAAGGCUGCAGAUAUAUGGUCAAUGGGUAUCACGCUUUUUGCCUUCGUAUAUGGAAACGUGCCAUUUAACGCACAAAACGUGGUAGCCCUAUAUUCGAAAAUCAGACAUGAAAAUGUGGAGUUUCCAGAAGCACCUAUUGUAUCUACGGAACUCAAAAAGUUGAUUAGAAAGAUGCUCAUCAAAGAUCCAGCUCAAAGGAUAACGCUAUCAGAAAUCAAGGUCGAUCCCUGGGUUACAAAAGAUGGUUUAUAUCCGUUACCAACAGAAGAAGAAAAUUGUCAUUUGGUGGAGGUUACCGAUGAAGAUGUCGCUAAAGUUGUCACAUCUAUUCCAAAGCUUGAUACACUUAUUUUAAUAAAGCAUAUGCUGAGGAAGCAUUCGUUUCAGAAUCCGUUUGCUGAAAAGAAGCUGCUAAGUAAAGCAAGCAAUCUCGACGUUACAUCAAAAGUUCCUAUAGGAACAUCCGGCCGAUCUAAUUCCGCCCCUGGCUCAUAUGGAUGGCCCUCAGAUCGUCAAGUAUCCUCCGAAUCCUCUUUAGAAGCAGUGACAGAAGUUGACCAAAUAGAUGACAAAUUAAAUGACAGUACAGAUCCGUUGCCAUUGCAGCGGUGAUAACCAUUUUUUUAAUUAUAUCUAUUGAGUAUAUAUUUACAUAUCUUUAUCAUUUCCUAAUUUUUGUAUAAUUUAUUAUUGUGUACGAACGUCCUAAACUUUGCCUAAAAGUGAUCCAGAGCAAUUUAAGACUUAAUCACAAGCAAGCAUAAAACUCGAAAGCUUUAAUAUUGUUAACAAUUGUUAGAAAAAAUAUAGUUUUUUUUAAUUGCUAGCUUUAAUAUUAAAAUGGGACCAUUUCCAAAGUGUUAUUAAUGAAGUAGUAGAAAAUUGUUCUCUCUCUUUUGCGAAAACGUUUUCUUCAGAAAUUUGGAUGUUAAAAUGCUUCUACCUUUCACUAUCGAUGUAAGUUUUCAUACUUAUCAAUUUGAUCAAGCACAGUAAUGAUAAAUAUUUUUGCACAAUUUUCUCCUAUAGAGAUAGAUAUAGUCAUAUUUCAAGUAAAAAUGUAUCAUGUGUACUUAAUUAUUUGCUCUAUUUAUCAUUUGAAACGUUUUUAAUUAUACUUAAUGGCGUUUUACUUUAAAACUUGUAAAGCAAACUUUUGUAAUGUUAAGAAAAUAAAUAAUAAUUCAGU